GCGAGGCUGGCGGGGCUGUGUCUGGUCUGUAAACACGCGGGGGAGCCCACGCUGCCUGGCGACUCGGGCCGCUGAAUGCGAGCCCGUGUCCCGCGCGUGUCACCAGCGCACACGCUGAUUUGAACCCUGCUAGACGUGCGUGUCAUGGCUUAAAAAUAGAUGCUAAUCCGUCCUCGCGACUCGGGCAGCGGCGGGGUGGCGGCGGCGGCGGCGGCGGCGGGAGAGUCAUGGCCGUGGCGCUGCGGGCGCCUGCGAUCCGCCGUGGGGACUGAGGCCCCGCGCACCGCUCGCGAAGAGCAACGGCUGCUUGGCGACUGACCCCACCAUCACCGCAGCCACCCCUGCAGCUGCCACAGUUUCUGCCACCUCUAAGAUGUGCCCUGGUAACUGGCUCUGGGCGUCCAUGACUUUUAUGGCCCGCUUCUCCCGGAGUAGCUCAAGGUCUCCUGUUCGCACUCGAGGGCCCCUGGAGGAGAUGCCAAACGUUCAACACCCCUUCCUCAAUGUCUUUGAGUUGGAGCGGCUCCUCUACACAGGCAAGACAGCCUGUAACCACGCCGACGAGGUCUGGCCGGGCCUCUACCUCGGAGACCAGGACAUGGCUAACAACCGCCGCGAGCUUCGUCGCCUGGGCAUCACCCACGUCCUCAACGCCUCCCACAACAGGUGGCGGGGCCCACCCGAGGCCUACCAGGCCCUGGGCAUCCGCUACCUGGGAGUGGAGGCCCACGACUCGCCCGCCUUCGACAUGAGCGUCCACUUCCAGACGGCAGCCGACUUCAUCCACCGGGCGCUGAGCCAGCCAGGAGGGAAGAUCCUGGUGCACUGUGCCGUGGGGGUGAGCCGAUCCGCCACGCUGGUGCUGGCCUACCUCAUGCUGUACCAUCGCCUCACCCUCGUGGAGGCCAUCAAGAAAGUCAAGGACCACCGAGGCAUCAUUCCCAACCGAGGCUUCCUGCGGCAGCUCCUGGCCCUGGACCGCAGGCUGCGGCAGGGUCUGGAGGCAUGAGGUGGGGGGCAGGGAGGGCAGGCCAGGCCUGUGGGAGGGUCCCUGGCUCGCAGCUGGAGAGAGGAGGCCCAGGUGGCAGGUGGCAGGAGCCCCAGGUAACCCAUCCUCCCCUGGGGGCAGGAGAGUGAGAGGCUGAGCCCCAGGCCACUGUGGCUCUUUGCGGGAGGGGACAGGGAGUGAGGCUGGGCAGUGUGGUGGGUGGACACCCCGGUGGGGUUGCCAGGGAAGGAGACAGCGAGGCUGCAGGUAGAAGAUGGUCCUGAGAUUCUCACACCCCUGGAUCCCAGCCAGGCUGUUCCCAGCGAUCCUCAGUCCCUUCCCUCCGUUGUGCCUGAGUGUUCCCCUCUCUCACGUACCGGAACGAAAGGGCCAUCUCUGUCCUGCGGGGGUGCAGCAAGCAUGAAUGCGCUGAGUUGUGUGGAGCCCGUAGCGUAGAGACAGACGGCGAAGAGAUAGUGUGAAAACUGCGAAACCAGAGGGAAAACCCCACAGCCUUGUCACUCCAAGCCCUGGAAGAGGAGGCGUGUGAGGGUUGGCGUUGUGCCCACGGCUGCUGCGCGUGGCCAGAAGAAAUCCCAGAGGUGCAUGACUGGCAGUCUUUUAGAUGGCCACUCGCUUGCUGGAUCCAGGUGUCUCGAGGAAAAAUAAAGAU